GGAGUCGCAGCCUCGCGAGGCCGCCGGCUGGCGGCGCAGCAGUUCGCCCAAGAUGGCCACGUUGGAUCAAUGAAACGCGAGUAAUCGUAGUGAAAACACAAAUUGACAAGUGUGCGGGCGAACAUCGCGGCCUGAUCGCGGUGUAAAUGGACCAUGGGCAAGGACCAGGAGCUGCUCGAGGCAGCGAGGAGCGGCAACGUCACCGUGGUCGAGAAGAUCCUCGGCCAGCGAGCCAAGAGGAGUGGUCCACUGGCAAGUUUACGACGAGGGCCGGGUGCUAAUGUGCAAGACGCCAGUGGAUAUUCAGCUCUUCACCAUGCAGCCUUGAAUGGACAUAGAGACGUGGUCAGAUUGCUGCUCCAAUACGAGGCUUCCACCAAUGUCGUCGAUGCUAAGGGCUCCUCGCCGCUUCAUUUGGCAGCUUGGGCUGGAGACGCGGAAAUUGUACGAUUAAUUCUCAAUCAAGGCCCAUCGGUACCAAACGUGAAUCUUGCGACACAGGAUAACGAAACUGCACUGCAUUGUGCCGCGCAAUACGGGCACACGGAAGUGGUGGCACAGCUGUUGCAAUACGGAUGCGACCCUAGUAUCCGCAACAGCCGCGGAGAAUCCGCGCUCGACCUCGCCGCGCAAUAUGGCAGAUUGGAAACUGUGGAGUUACUCGUGCGAACGCAUCCUGAAUUAAUCGAAUCACUUCGUAACUCUUCCUCAUCUCUGAUCUUCCCGCACACGCCAUUGCACUUAGCGUCGCGCAAUGGCCACAGAGCGGUCGUGGAGGUCCUCCUUGCCGCUGGGGUUGACGUCAAUACGAGAACAUCGGCAGGCACCGCGAUGCACGAGGCCGCGCUCUGCGGCAAGAUGGAAGUGGUGCGGGCGCUUUUAGAUCGCGGAGUGGAUUUGGGCAUUAGGGAUUCACGGCAAAACACGGUGCUUGAUCUUCUGGGACAGUUCCCGCCGCACGUCACUCAAGAUAUCACAGCGGUGAUAAAAAGGCACCGGUCUUCCUCCGGUGUGGAAAGCGACGCCGAUAGCGAGAACUUGCCGCCGAUUCCGGUGCAGGGUGGCGACUCGCUGGGCAGCCCCUACGAAAAUGUUCGUCCGGAGGAUGAUCUCUCCCCCGCGGAGGGUACGUCGCCUACUCAAUGGCAGUUCUAUCAUAAGCCUCGGGACGACGAUCGUCGCGUUUCCGGCACUUCCGUCAUGUCCUUUGAAGACGAGCAGAACGGGGAACCGGUGAACGGAGUACGGAGGGCCCUCCAGCAGACAGAGGACUCCGACCCCAGUUCCGUCUUCGACAGCGUCUUUAUGUCCCUAUCCGACACUCUCAACUCUAUAAAUACUCUCGAAAGUUCCGACCAAACUCCUGAAGAUAUACCACAAAACACUACCAAAAGAACACCAUUACCAUUCGACACUACACGGGGCUCCGACAGCGGACUGUACCAAACUCCACCCGUGCCACGCGGCACAAUGGAGGGUAGCUUCGUAUCAGAGGACCUGUCCUUGACAUUGCCCACGGGAUACGGGGGCAGAGAGUCCGACCAAUUGAGCGUAUCGUCAUCCUCGAGCGUCGGCGGACCGAGCCCACGGGACCGUCGUUGUUUGCCCAACGAUUCCAGCGCUGCCGGGAUUUACUUGCCAAUGGCACCCCUGUCCAGCUCGCUACACAGCCCCGCUUCCAACAAUAAAGUCUCGCCGACGCCGCCCAAGAAGCCGCCUAGACGAAAUCUCUCGGUAUCCCCGACGCACCUGCAAACGCAAAUGUCUUUGUCGGCCGACAGUUCGGUAGGGCCGAGCAAUUACGAGUACUUGUUCCUGGCGCGCAGCGGUGCGCGAAGUCACAUCGAUCUUGAGCAGCUGCAGAAACGGCGCGAUCAGCUGCGACACGUUACGCGAAGCGUGGACCAGUACGUGGAGAUGAAGUCGCGGCUGGUCGGGACCGAUGAGAAACGCGAGUCCGGCGUGGAGCCGGUAGCCAUAACGUCCAUCUACGAGAACCGGCCGAUGAAGAUGCUGAAUCCGCGAAGAAAAUUGCGUAGGCACGCGUACGACAACUACGAGCCGGAGAACAGCUCGUGCACCGACAAAUCACCGUGCAGCGACGGCGACGUGAUCCAGGAGCAAACGUUCGUAUCGAGCGCCUUUCUCACCCUCAAGUCUUCCCAGGAGAGUCUCCUCGAUGAGAGGCGCGAGAUGGCGGACGGACAGUCCGCGUCGGAGGGUCGCGAGGCCACCGACAAGCGUCUCAAACGCGUCCAAAUGAUGCUGCCGACCAGCCCUACGCAUUACGCUCAGCCGCCUACCCCUGAUCAUCCGCCGCCGUCCGCCAUGCAAGCGGAAAAGUCCAUCCACGAGCGUAUUCGUCCGCUGAGCCAGGUGUACAAGCGAAGAUCCCGCGACAUGGAAACGGAAACGGACGAAGAUCUGCUGCAAUUUCCCACCGGUGGAUCACUCAACGCGUCAAGCGGCUCGCUCUCCAGCGUAUCGCUGUCCGACAAGAGCAUGUCCACGGACAAUGUCGAGGAAUACUUCGGCGACGUGCCGUUCGCAGGUUUGUUAAAGGGCUCCGUCACGGCUGAACGGCCGCGUACUUUGCGCCGCCUGCGGAACGUCUACGGUCAGACCGCAUGCGGGAUGGGAACCGGCGGCGACGGCGGGGGCGGAGAUCGUCUCGAGGACGGCGAGGUCGCCUUUCGGCUUACCGGUGACCGGGAUCGCGACAGGGACGAGAAGUCUCUCAGCAUAAUGAGCCCCUUCGACGAGCAGGAGGAAUGGGCAAAGAUCUCGGAGAUCAUGGCGUCAUUCGGAACUGGUCUUGUACGAGAGUCGGUGUUCGUCAGCGAGCUCGAGAAAGAAUUCCAAACGAGACUAGGUUUAAGUUCGGACAGUAGUAGUCCCAUCGUUUCCACGUCUGUGGGCCAAUGGCUGUCCAACUUGGGUUUGGCGGAUUACGAGUCACUCUUUGUUAACUACGGCUUCGACGAUCUCGAGUUCAUAAACGGGGUGUUGGACGAGUCGGAUUUGUGCGACAUCGGGAUCAGCAGCGAUCAGGAACGGGCUAUGAUCAUGGACGCGGUCGGUUUGCUGAACAAACGAGUGGAAAAGCGUAGCGGCGGUCACGGCCAAUCGGUGGAGGAGUGGCUAAAGAGCAUUCACAUGGAAAAUUAUGCGGAGACAUUCAGGAAGCACCUGUACACCGACAUGGAUCGAGUCAAACGGAUCUGGGAGGUCGAGCUGGCGGCAGUCCUCGAGAUCCAGAAGCCGGCGCAUCGCAAACGCAUCCUUGCGUCCGUGAGUGGUCCGAAUAGCGCGCGCGCACAGACUCGAAACGGCACGGGAGCGAACUUGGAAGAUUUGAAUAAGGACCUCAACACGCUGAAGACGAACAUACAGCAGCUGAAGGAGGAGAUACAGGAGAAAUUGCCGGAAGCUACGGCGGAGGGUAACGGAGGCACGUCGAUAACCAGUGGCACGAAUUCGACGACCACGGGCACAUUAAGGCACCGCAAAAACAGGCCGGCGCCUCAGCCACCCCAGCGACCCAGUUCGCAUAAUGGGGCGAUUUCGGCGCCGGAACAGCUCGAGAUCAGGGCUCCGUCCGAGCUGCUCUUCGGAGUGCCCUCCACUCUCAAGACACAAUGGAGGCAUCAGCCGAAGGCUCUAGUCACCGGCUGCGUCACGUACGUCGCUAACUAUCUGGGCUCCACCGUCGUCAAGGAAUUACGCGGCACCGAGUCGACGAAAAAGUCGAUACAGAAGCUGAAGAAGACCUUUCGAGAACCUAGAAUCACCCCUGACAUUAUGCUGGUCAUCUCCUAUCGUGGCGUUCGUUUUCUCAACACGUUAACUAAUGAGCCAAUUUGCGAGCACGAGAUCCGUAACAUUCACUGCGCCUGCCAAGAUGCUGACGAUCUUACGCACUUUGCGUACAUCACGAAGGACCACGCCAGUCGCACGCACUUUUGUCACGUAUUUUGCGUGCCAACGAUGGAUCAAGCGACGGAGGUCAUCCUGACUCUGGGUCAGGCUUUCGAGGUAGCUUAUCAAAUGGCAUUGAAGGAUAAGCUUGGUGGCCACGCUAUUCGAUCCCAAUCUGCCAAUCAAAUAGCAACGCUCGCCGGAUCGUCAAAGUCAACGACUCCCGCCAAAAUGUCCGUGUCCCCCGACUCCGCGUCCGAUCCCACCGGCCGAGACACGGAUCAUGCCGUGACUCUCAAUUCCACGUCGUGCGCGAAUCCCAAGAUGAAAUCGAGAUCGAAGUCCGUACCCAAUCCGAAUCUCCAUACCGUUAAUCCAAAUCCGACACAGGACAGUAACUCCAACUCCAGCUCGACGACAACGACCACUGCGAACUGCAAUCCGAGCUCGAAUUCCGCCACGACCCCCAGCGCGAACUCGAUCGGCAGCUCCAACCUGAACAGCACCACUAAUCAGACCACUAAGCCUUUGGUCACCCACGGCCGUUCUCAUUCCGUCAACGACAUCAAGGUAAACGGUAAUCAAUUGAAGUUAGCACCAGCGCCGGUGGACGACAUCGGUAUCGGGGUGAAGGACAUGAAGCCCGGCUCCAGAGCUCCGAUCGUGCUCUCCGAGGAGUUGUAGGCUGCAUUUUCCCUCGAAAAUGCACGAUAUCGCGGUACACGAUUGCGUAGCGUUCGCCACGACGAAACCGCGUCAACGCGAAUGACAGAGAGAUCUAGACACGACUGUUAUGACGAUUUUCCAAUCUUUCGAUCUAGAAACAUAUUUAAUGGCAUUUACAAUGAACGUGGGAUGGCAAUAUUUCGUCGUUACUCGUCAGAGUUUGCAUAAAGAAUUAAGCGGGGCAUCAGUAUAGACUCUCUCGCGAUUUUAAGAUUAAUACCGAUUGCAAAAAUGCGGACGAUAUUCCCUCGAUUGAUUAAUGGUAUUAAUCGGGAUUACUGUAACUAGUAUAGUUCCUUGACGCGUAAAAAGGAAUUAAUAUCUUUUAUUACAUCUUUUUAUGCGACUGGAUUUGGCCAUUACGUACGCCAACGGCGUAUUUUCGAUGGGGCGCAUUCGUAUAUAUAUAUAUAUAUAUUGUAUAUUCACCGCCGGAAGGCGAAAGCUUUUAUGGGAUUCAACUAUUGUGGGAUAACGAAUGACACAUGUAUGGCCUCGAGAACGACGGAGGUAAGUAAGAUCGUCGUUCCUCGCCACGUAUCGCACCUUCGCAGAUUGGCAUUCGCGACUGACUCUACAAUAAUGACGCUGUGAUCUUGAUCUUGAACGCCAUGCAGGACGCGCACUGGCCAAGAUGAUUCAUCGAGACGAGCAAGCGAUCGUUCACAGGCGCGCACUUCCGGCGGACAAUGUGAAACGCAUUAGAUCUUUCUUCCUUAGGACGCGUCGUUAAAGUAAGCAGUAUUAUUACGUCAUUAAACGGUAACGGGAGUGAGUUGAAAUACGCUCGCCGCGAUAUUAUUUAGCGAGGCGUGAAAUCGCUACAAUAAUGUUGGAUGUGCAAUUCUCAAUGUGCAGCUUUAAUCUGGAUAGGCUCGGCGGUUUCGAUUUUCGCCCGGCGCGUAUACGUGCCCGGGCGUUUAUUUGUCUUGAAAAUGCCAUUUGUGGCAUAGAACACGCUGACAUUCGCCAUCGGAUCACGGGAAAAGAAAGGACACGAAAGGAAAAGGUACGGCGCGAUAAUAAGCGCGCCAAUGCUCAAUAUCGAUCCCUCGUAAACGUUAACGGUGACCAACGAAUCCGUUCCGUAUCCUCCCCCUCCCUCUCUCUCUUCGUGACUUCUCAUUCCCUGUUCCCAAGUUCCGAUUUCGAGUUGCCACCGUUUCCUCGACAUUUUAUUCUCCAAGACUGAGAGUCCGUAUCUCAUUUUAUAUUUCGCGACUUUAGUAAUAAUAUUUAAUAUAGAAAAAAAAGAGGGACUAGAAGAGAGAAGAAUUUUAAUAUAUUUAUCCGGCGAGAGCCUCGCGGACAGGAAGUACAUGCGAACGUAGCAUCGAAUGCCUAUCGAAUUUUGUUUGAUACUCGAUUGCUACCCGUUGAGAAGCAGGAAAUAAGAACGUGCGACCGCUUUCAAACGUAUCACGAUUGAUCGCAAUUCAGAGUAUAUUCACCAUGCAUCACCUCUAAUUAGGAAGAAGCAUUGUUAAGUGUCUUCUCCGUCUAUGAUCUAACCAGAGAUACGAUACAGAGAAGAAUCGAGGUUGAUCGGUUCACACGAAUCCGGGCAGCAUGGCAUUAUAUCGAUAACAACGUGCGUAACUUGGAUACUCAUCCAUUUUUGCUACGCGCGGGGCCUAAAGGACCUGGGGUAGCUGCCUUGUGAAACUACCGAUUUAACGAUAUAUAUAUAUAUAUCUGUCUCGUACAAUCGACAACGUGUAAGGGAAAGAAUCGCUACAGCGAAACGAAACUUUGUGUAGACUUAGAAUACGUCCUCUUCGUAUGUUCACUCAUCUAAACCAAAGAAGUAUAAAUAUAAAUAUGCAUACAUACAUACACGCAGUCUGACACACACACUUAUAUCUUAUAUAUGCGAAAGAUGUUACGCGAAAGGACGGGGAAAUUAACAGAAUUUAUCGAGCCAUCGCGGGGGAAGAGAGACCGACAAACUGCCAAAACGAUACACCAUCGUCACCAUCACCUCGAUAGCAGUGCGCACACUUUGUAUUUAUCACAUUUACAACGUAGCCCAUUAUGCAUUAACGAUUAUAAGAUAUCUACGGAACAGCCAUGGACAUCGACGGCGGAGUAAUCCUUCGCCGCGAAGUGUAACUAAGUAUUCUACGCAUUUGAUGUAUUCAUGUUCUAGCAGCUAUGUUUAGUGGGUAGUAUCGGUAGGGAGCAUGUUCUAUCGAUGUGUCGACAGGUACCAUUUAACGAUAUAUCGCGUAGAAACCGAGGAGGAGAAGCAGGUACGUAACGUGCAGAAGAUAAUGCGGUCAAUGACGGCCGCACGAUUGUUGCUUCUUUUUUUCUUCACAGCAGCGAGCAAAUUCCACCGAUUUGCCCGGCUGCGAGAAUUCGUGCAGCGGAAACGCGCGAGCAAUUGAAAAUAGUGCCAAUGCGUGAGCCCCAUCGUGUACAUUCUCGAUUCGAUCUCGCUGUUUGUCUUUCAGGAACAUACACUGCAGGAAACAGAGAACAAUAACUUCCCUUUUCCAUUUUUGGAUACGACACUUAUACAUUUAUAUGACUGACAAACGCACAUAUUUCUCGGUAACUCUGAGGGUUAAAGCACCGGCCAAUACAGUAAGAAAGACAUCUAUUAAUAAAAAUAACGAGUAUAUUAGUAGACCGCUGUCUAAUACUUGGAUAUUGCAAAAUUAAUACAUAAAGCGCGUAUAUACACAUUUGGACGGUGAUUUACUCCUCGUAUCGUCCUUUCUUUUAUAUGCGCGUAAUUGUAUCGAUCCGGAAGACAAGGGUGAGAUCAAUAUCGAUCGCACUUUCGUUACCACGAUGGGUUUGGAAAGAUGUAAAGCGCAAAUAGCACAUAAAGAAUCACGGACCAAGCAAGAACGAGCGAAAGCAUUUUGCUCGUUAUGGAUCGUUGAGAUAUUAGUGGCAGUGUCUCGUCGCUGCGCUUUUUCACAAAGGUAUGGAGUUUAACCUUGUGCCCGUUGCUACCGCGAUAACGGCAUAAGAUUUAUGCUGUCGAUAUUAUAUACAAUUUUUAGAGUAUGUGUACAUAUAUACAUUGUAUAUAUAGAAAUUACACGGACCACCGCGAAUCAGUUUCUUCCAUUGACAUACCAAAGAGAUUGUGUGAUCCUUUCAUCAUUGUGAUUUGUAUAUUUGAUGAUUACCGUAUAGCGCAUAGCGAUUGUUCUUCAUUAUAAUUCGUUAAAAUAAAACUUCUUAUGAUUUUUAUACAAAGUUAUGUUUCACGACUGUAUAAUUGAAUAAUGAAUGUUGCAUAAUUUUAACGGGAUUAACGCUAGAAUUAUUAUUAACAGUACAGCAAUUUUUUUUUCAAGUUGAUUAAUUUUGUAUGGACGUGGUGUUGUGUGUAAUUACAUAAUCGAAUGUAUUUAUCGCAUGCACGUCAAUCCUAUAAACGUGAGAGUUUCGUUUGCUUUACUCCAAUCAAAUUUGCAUAGCAAAUGCGUUUUGACACGUCGUCGGUUAACUCCACAAAGGUCCUGGUAACAGUGCAAUUCGCUAGUAUGUAUUUAUAUUCCCUUGAGUAGAACUUUAGAUAAAUAAAUAGUAUCGCAAGAAUGGCAUUCUAAAAUUAUAUCAUGACAUCAUAAUUUAUGAACUUAUUAUUUCUGUACAUUUUUUGUUAUUAUUCAUCGAAGGCUGGCAAUAAAACAUGAUUUUUUUUGUUACGACGUUGUUAUUUUAUGUGUAAUAAGGCCGAACAUUGAAAAAUGCGGAUUAUAUUAUACAAUACAGAUUUCGACAAUAGCGGUUUAAUUACAUGCGUAAAUGCGAAUCGCUGUAAACUGAUUCCGGUGGUAGCGUAUCCGCAGUACUUUGUAUGGUAAAUAGAAAAAAAAUCUGUGUACAGUUGUCGAUAUUACCUUCGUUCCGGCCGCGAGCGCGAAUUCGUGCGCUUUUAAGGCCAUAGUUGGAUGCAUUUCGCGGAUCGUUACACGUGAAAUGCAACUGUUCCUGAUUUUCGCGCAAGCAAGGAUAUUAAAGCCGGGAGUUAAUAUUUCAGAGCACGAACUUCUGUACUUUUUAAUAUACGAACUCUCUAUACGAGUUGAUCUCUAGUCCCGGAAAGUUAUUAAUUCCGAAAAAUGAUAUUCCCCGGUAUUAAUCCGCGUACCUGCGCCAGUGAGGGUUCGUGAAGCGAGAUGAAUGUGUAGAGUAAUGCGCGCACAAAGAUGCGGCGAAAAGAGCGGCAUUCCUCGAGACAGACAUGUUUUUACGUGCGAACGAACGCUAACUCUCCUUUGAUUGUUCUCCGUCCGUGUUAAUGCGGCCAGCUGAGAAUCGCGAUUUAUACGCGCACAAUUGACGACGCGUUAUCGCGGACGAGUGCGCAAUUAAUUAUCAACUUAGCUUAGAUAAUCGCGGACACGUGUAUUCUCGUCCGGCGCGUCGCGUCCAAUUUCGAACGGUAUAAGGAUUGAAUUCAGACAUAAUUUUCGCGAGUUCAUCUUUUCCUCCUGAUGCCGUCAACACUUUGGAAAGCCACAUUUCAUCGGUUUCACUUCACUCCACCAGAUUCCAACGAUAUAUCGAUCUUCUACACUUUUCAAAUAUACACGUAAAGAGAUAGAUUGAAAGACGGUGGAUUUAGCGCUUUUAAGAAUCGUAUUCGUAUCUUCGUUAAUGUAACGUAAUGCUGUUCGUUAGCUGGUUAGGUAUCUCUUGCGACUAUUUUCGUCGAUUCUAAUUCAGAUCGUGAUUACUCAUACGUAGAUUUUCCAUUUCGAAUUCCUCGAUAAAGUCAGAGAGUCGAAAAGAAGUGCGCGCAAAUUCGCCUCGAACGCGACCAUCAUUUUUUUCAGCGAGACUGGCAGCGGGUGCCAAACAAAAGAAUUUUUCACUGCCGAAAUAAAUAAUUACAUUCGUUGGUAAGCGCUAAUCAUUCGUAAUAAUUUUUACGUUUCAGCUCUUCGUGCAAUAAUUUCGUUAGCCAUAAUUCGUACUAACUUUAAAUUGGUACCUGUGAAAAAAAAGUGUCUGUCGCUUGCGUAAAAUGAAAACACAAUCUACCUAUCUGUAAUCACUUAAAUCGUUGCACAUAUACAUUGAAACGACUUUUUAUUAGCGCCAUUCUCUAUUAUAGUGCUAAGCUGUACCGUGUAAAUUUCAGAUCUCCUAUAGAAAUUCUUGUUAAAGAAAUCAAGUGUGUUGCGACGGCUUGUGUAUCCUCUACAUCCAAGAUUGCAUUAUAGAAAUGCCGAGAUGGUAUAAAAUUGAAUUCUGUCGAAAGUAGAUGAAUAAUUGGGCCAGAAGAACGAAAUGUGAAAAAUGAAUCUUCAUCUAUACGCACGUGUGGAAGUGUAUAUAGCGGGAAUAAAUGUAAAAUAAGCGAACCAGAAGCGAUUUAAAAGUUGAAAUGUCACGGCGCGAAAUGCCGCGAUCGCUGAAACGGAAGAGUAGACGAAUCUGGUAUCGAAUGGUCACGCUUUUUCGAAUAUAGCGCGAAUGAAGUAUUCGAAAAAAAAAAUUGGAUAUAACUCUGGUUUUUUCUGUCCCACGCACAGCGAUAUUUCCAUAAAAUAUUGGUUCAAGUUAACUGAAAUUUAAAAGAUCUCUCUCUGUUUGGGCGCAGAAUCAAAAAGAGACGAGGUGCAAGAUAAAAUCUCAGUUCUUUUAGCUCAAUUAUCUCAAUUAAAUCAUUUUUAUGGGAACAAUCCGUAUUGUGUAGUGCGCAAUCUGUCAACACAUGUGUAUACGGAGUGUUCGUCGAACCUCACGAGUAGCUGUAAUACUUGUGCGAAACGGCUGGAUAGAUAGUCGAUAUUUGUACGGAUAUAUCGGAUAUAUCUGUUAGAAGUAGAGGCAGCGAACAUCGCUAUCCUACGUUGCAGUCACGCCGCGCGCCAAUGAAGGAAAUAAUCAGUUUUCCACGAGUCAUCCGUUUAUCGUUACGCAAUAGCAUUCGACAGCAUUUGCGGCUAUGGCGCAAUCGUUUGCGAAUCAAGAUUUUGGCAAUAACGCGAGUGUGAGUUUACGCUAAAUACUUUUACAAAAAAAAAACAUACCGAUGUAAUUGCAAUCGUCGCUUAAUUGCAUUUAUGUCACUUGUCGCUAAAGCGAUCAAUUCUUAGCGUAGUGGCGAUAGAUUUUUCUCGCCUUUUAACGGGCAUAAUUCGCUACUGUCUGGAAACAGGACAAAAUUCUAUACUUCUCUACCACGGGGAACAUCACUAUCGUGGCUUCACGGUACGCUGCAAUUGAUAGAGGAAGGUGGGAAUGUGCGAUAGAAUGCAGGUUCACGUGUAAAAUAGCGAAAUAUCAUUUAUAAAAACAUACGAGUUUUGACACUAGCCAUGUCCAUUGAAUGAUUUGUACUUGUACCAUGGAGGAACGCGCAGAUAAAACUUAAAAACGCCACACAUAAAACAUAUAACGAGUACAUUCCUACUUUCCCCUUCAUAAUAGGUGUUAAAGCGCUAACAAUGAUCGAUCUCGGGAUAUUUACGAUUCUAUGAUGUGGCAGGGAAUAGUGGCUUGAUCGUUGCGUAUUCUGAAGAUUCGCGGUGGAACAAUAAAGAGGCGAUUGUGCUCGCUAAUCGUAGGACCGUGCGAUAUGCGAAACCGACGCGACGUCGGUUCUCCUCGACGUCGACCCGGCGAAGUCGCAGGCUCUCAGACACUGGCGGACAGGGGUGAAUAGGAUAUUCGUCGGGAAAACUUCGCGCUAUGAAUAUUUAUGUACGCUUUACGAUCUCGCACGCGCGCGCGCACACUCGAGAGGUCCCGGCGAGUCGGCGACGGGUCGAGGACAUAGGAUUUGUGCGGUCGAGUGUAAGUACGUACUCAAAUAUAUAGAGAAAGAGAGAGAGAGAGAGAGAGAGCGAGUAUGAGAGCGAAAGAGAGAACGAGAAAGAGAGAGAGAGAGAGAGAGAGAGAGAGAGAGAAAGAGAGAGAAGAAAAAGACACAGGAACGGUCGGUGUCUUUUGAAAUCAAAAGGAACAAAUCCGUACGGAACUGUUGCCGAGAAUGCCAUAUAAUAAAUGCGCUAUUUUAUACCGAGCAGCCUGAUUAGACGCAAACUGCCCCUCCCCCCUACGUUCUUGUAUACAUUAUAUUUAUUAUUGUUCAUGUUUACUAGAAUGAUAUAUAUAUGAGAGAGAUUAUUCCCUGGAUAUCUAUAACGCCUUGAAGAAAAUAAAACAGAUACUUUGCGGGA